GGAGGUGUUUAUGUAUGUAUGUAUGUAUGUAUGUCUGUAUGUACUGAAAAGGUGUGUUUAUGAAGCUGUGAUUUGUUUUAAAAGAAUUUGACUGUGCCUCCAUUUGUGGCCGACUCCAAAUCAUUGCUUUCCAUUACUUUUGUCUCUCCAAAAUCUUUCUCCUUAUAUUAAUUCACUUUCAUACUUCCGUUUUCUCCCACAUUCCCCAUUUCCAUCGCAAAUUUAUCAUUAGGGUUUCUGUUUUCCCUUAAUUUCGGUGUCUUCUGAUUCCAAAUUGCUGGAAUGUGAUGGGGGGAUGAUUCAAUGAGUUUUCCGAUUCCGUUUGUUCUUAAUGGGCUGCGUUUUUGGGCGAGAGGUUUCUGCGAAGCCCGUUCAGAGACCGGAGGAGAGACCCAACGCCGAUGAGGCAAUCAGGGCUUCUGCGAAGGCGGAGGUUCGUGAGAUUCGAGCUGAUGCUUCCGCUAAUGUCCGCAAUGGCGGAAGUAGGAACGAGGUUGACGAUGAUAGAGGUUCGAGGCCGAGGCGGCGAUCGUCGAGGCCGAAUCCGAGAUUGAGUAAUCCGCCGAAGCAUGGGGAGCAAGUCGCCGCUGGUUGGCCGUCUUGGCUCUCCGCCGUCGCCGGCGAAGCUAUCAAUGGGUGGAUUCCUCGCCGUGCUGACAGUUUCGAGAAGCUUGAUAAAAUUGGGCAAGGGACGUAUAGUAAUGUGUACAAAGCCAGGGACUCAUUGACAGGGAAGAUUGUGGCUCUGAAGAAGGUUCGUUUCGACAAUUUGGAGCCCGAGAGCGUCAAGUUUAUGGCCCGGGAAAUUCUCAUUCUGCGGCGUUUGGAUCAUCCAAAUGUCGUUAAACUCGAAGGUUUGGUGACGUCCCGGAUGUCGUGUAGUUUGUAUCUUGUAUUUGAAUACAUGGAGCACGAUCUGGCUGGACUUGCUGCAAGCCCUGGGAUCAAGUUUACGGAAUCGCAGGUUAAAUGUUACAUGAACCAAUUGUUAUCAGGGCUUGAACAUUGUCACAACCGUCACGUGCUGCAUCGUGAUAUAAAGGGAUCAAAUCUUCUGAUCGAUAACGAUGGGAUCCUGAGGAUAGCUGAUUUCGGAUUGGCGUCUGUCUUUGAUCCUAACCACAAGCAUCCAAUGACAAGUAGGGUGGUUACGCUAUGGUAUCGACCUCCUGAACUUCUUCUUGGAGCUACUGAUUAUGGUGUCGGUGUAGACCUCUGGAGCGCUGGCUGCAUUUUAGCCGAGCUGUUAGCUGGAAAGCCUAUCAUGCCCGGUCGCACCGAGGUUGAGCAGCUGCAUAAGAUAUUCAAGUUAUGUGGCUCUCCUACAGAAGAAUACUGGAAAAAGUCGAGGUUGCCUCAUGCAACAAUAUUCAAGCCUCAACAUUCAUACAAGAGAUGCAUAUCGGAGACAUUUAAAGACUUCCCGCCGUCAUCCCUGCCACUAAUCGAGACGCUUCUCGCCAUCGACCCCGCUGAACGCCUAACUGCCACUGCUGCUUUACAUAGUGAAGUGAGUUUAUACAAUAUGCUGUUGCAUACACAUUGUAUCGUUUUUUAAACUAUCCGACGAGCUGUCUACUGAAUCUCUGCAUCGUAGGUAUUAAAUAACGAUAUGAUCGAUUCUUAGAAACUUAGAACAGUUCGGAAAAUACGUAAAGUAGGUCUCUCUUCAUCAUAGGAAUCAUCUUGCUCCAUGGCCAGUUGUUUUCACCCAUUAGAUCUACGGUGCAUGCCACGGAGUAUUGUUUUUUACCCUAUCAUUCAUCGACACGUAUUUACUCCUCCCGAGAAGGAGAAGAGAAAGCACGUGUCGUUUUAGUAACCUCGGAA